AUGCGAGAAGUAGGCAAAAAUAACCACGCGGAUCUCUGGACAGCACUUCUGUAUGAAAAGUUCGGUGCCUAUGGUUCCUCACUGCCUCCGAGUGAUCUUAUCACAAUCCUGUCAAAUUACAAAGGCGUCGCCGACUACCCCGCGGCCAUAUUCGUCGAUGAACUACUCGCAGCCUUUCCCGAAGCUGCCGUCAUCUUGACGGUGCGAUCGGAAGAUUCAUGGGCAAAGAGUAUGAAGCAAACUAUCGUGCACUAUCUUGAUCAUCGGGUGAUUGACGAAACAACCCCCAUGGCGGUCAUGGCUAGAACUUACAGCAAGUUAUGUUGGGAUAACGACUUUGAGAAGAAUGGCCUGGCUCUUUUUCGACGACAUAAUGAGCAAGUGAGGCUGGCAGCCAAGGAGAGAAAGUUCCUAGAGUACACAGUAGGUGAUGGUUGGGAGCCAUUGUGUGCUUUUCUGAAGGCACCUGCCCCUGAGAAUACACCUUUUCCUAGAAAGGACGACUGGUUAGAAUAUAAGAAACAGAUACAUAAAUAA